AUGGAAUCCGCCUCCCUUCCCGCCUCCGCCCCUGGCGAGAACUACGAGCCCCGCCAAACCCACCCUUCGGAAGACUAUACGCCAGACCCCUCCAAAUCCCUUCCCAUCUCCAAAGAGCGCCAAGCUCUCGUCGACGACAUUCUCGACCUCUACAGCUGCAAGCCUACCGUCCAGAAGGUCAAGCGGUAUACAUCUGAUUGCGUGUACGACGAUCAGUUCGUGUAUGCAAAUGAUCGGUACAAGAUGGCCGGGCAGUGGUUUGCUCUGCCGAAGCUGUUUAAGGAUAGCAAGACCGAGAAGUAUCAGAUUGUGAAAAAUGAGCCCGGGUUGAUUCAAUUCAGAAAUGAGCAGUCAUGGACAUUCAAAAUCAUCCCCAAAACCGCCACCAUCAACGCCCUCGUCUCCCUAUCUCUCGACCCAUCCACCAUCGACAGUGACUUUAUCCAGGUCAAGUACCACAAGGAUCAGGCCAAUGACAAGGACUACUCACACGAAGGUCUGGGGUUCAGCUUCAAGAAAUGGCAGGCAGAUCAGGUUAUGAAGCACAUGGACAGCCCUGAGGUGAAGGAGUUCGAGGCGGAUAAAGGGGCGGGCAAGGAGCACAUUAGGGAGUACGGUAGUGGCGCUGCUGAGGGCAACGCGCCUACUCAGGAGUUGUAG